AUGGACGAGGGUACAUUGGACGAAAAGUUUGCCCAUUCCAUUUUGCUGGAGUCUCUGAAGGAAGCGCUUAAGCAGAUGAUUGAUGAGUUUUAUGUGGAAAAGGAGAUCGGACUUAAAAUCUAUAAGGAGGCCUGCGCGAAUGUAAGGAAAGAAAUUUUGGAAAAUUCGUCCCAACUGUCGGAUGUCCAUAUCAGUGGCCAAAUGAAGAGCUACUACUGCAGGAAUGACAAAGCAAAAAAUAGCUCGAAGGAAAAUAAAAAUUAUCAACCAUUAAAUUUAAAAGUUUUUAAAAACUUUUACGACAAAAGAGAGGAAUUUUUAAAGUACAGCAUAGACAAUAAUAACGUGAAAAUUUUAAAAAACUUCGGAAAAUUAUAUUGCCAGAUUGUACAUAAGGAGGAGGCAGAAACUGACGCAGACGACGCUUUUCUUUAUUAUGACGGAUUGAUAAAAGUGCUCUGUGUGGAGGAUACACUUUAG